AUGAAUAAUGCGAAAGACAUAAUCAAUUUUAAUGAACAUGUUGUUAAUAGAUAUAAACAUUGCAGGACUAAUGACGAUAGCAGGUGCGUUUUGCAGCAUGGUACUUACCCUGUUGAUGAAGUUAAAAGGGCCCCUAGGGGGUAUGUGUCCCGGGAAAGAAGCACCUGUGUAAUAAUGGCUCAUUCAGAUAGGAGCUUAAAUUUGGUCAAGCGGUUUGCCAACUUGGCAAAACACACAGAUAGUGCAGAUCGCACAAAUUAUAGAGAUAACGUCUCUCGGACGCGACCUCCCGACCUGCAAAUGGUGCACCGCAUAACGAUCUGCCUCUGCUUGAAAAUAUACUUCUCCGUUUAUAUGUAUAUAACCAAUUUGAGGAAACUGUGUUUUUUGCUAUUCUGCGAGUGCUCGGCUUAUGUGGCCAAGAAGUGCAGACUCUACAUAUUAAAUAAAGCAAACGGAAAAUGUAAAGCCAUAUAUAGGCAUGCCAUACAGACUGAAGAGGAAGAAGAAAAAAAAAAAGACAAACAGGUUUAUGCUGGCAAAUUAGAGCGAUCGGCGGGAAGGGGACACAUGAGUGACUUCCACCGAAUUGAAAAUAAUAAACCCACAGAAGUGGGAAAAAAAAAUGAUUACCACGCCUAUUUUGUUUCAAGCAAGUUCUAUAUAGAUAAAUUUGGCCGCAUUGAGAAGUCAGCUUUUAUGUCAGCGAGAAAGGUGGACGCUCCAAACUGGCCAGACGCAAAACGAAGAAGAAUACGUUACCUUGGUUGUGUUACCCGUGUGUACACGAGUAAAUGUCGUAAAAGAGGUGGAGGAAACAACUCCUGCACUAGUAGGCGAAGUAAUGAUGGGGAUAAAUACGCAGCCAAUCUAACAAGCGGAAGCCUCGUAGUUGGAAGGGGACGAAUCCAAGUGGUCACUCCCCUUCUGAUAAGCAGAAAGGGAACAUACACAAAAAGGAAUAUAUUUAAAAAGAAUAAUAAAAAACGUAUAUUUCAAGAGCAAACCUGGUUUAAUGCUUUCAACAAGGGUAGUGCCAUAUACCCAAAUGGGGUUUAUUCCUACCUCAGAAAUGGAGAGUGCCUCAAAGUAGAGGUAAAUGGAAAAAAUGAAGACUAUAUUAGUGAAUCAUCUGACGAAUUCGAAGAACAACGUGAGGUUGUUACGUAUAGCCCGUUCAACCAUUUUAGUGAAGGCGUCUUCGCCGUAGAGGAUACAAGAGGGGACUCCUCUAUUUCUAUCCAGCGUGUGGUGCAAAAAAUGUUAAAGAUAUACCUCAUGCUGCCGAUCCCCCUUCGCUUUACCGAAAUGGUAAGCGAUUUUUACAAGCCCGUUAGCCAUUGGGCAGUUCUUGUGAAACAGCCGUGUGAUUGGGGUGAAACCUUUUUGAUUACCCCUUUUAAUGUUUUAAAAAUAAUUGUUAAAAAAUUAAAGGCACAUCAUUUUUAUCUCACAUUCGACUUAUGUUUUAAGACAAGAGUCGCAUCAGAGUAUGAUAGAAAGAGGGCAUAUAUUCCAGGGGUUAGCAAAAACUCAACAUUUAACUACCCGGACGGAUUAAAAUUCCGUACAACAAUGUUACUCAAGCUAUUUUUAACUUUGCCACAGGUGGCAGAAGAGUGUCAUAAAAUGAAAUUUCGCCCAAAUGUGCUCAUGAUGGGAAAACACACAGGGAGGGAAGUUUCGAAAGACAAAUUCAAACGUCAAAGGGGGAAAGUACUAUCCGUAAUGGCCGAGAGACGGUUAGCGAAUGUGCUGAGGUUACCUCAGCAAAGCAUAAGCGGGGCAGCGAAAAGGGCUAAUGAGGCAACUAAACGGGAGAACGAAGCUGCGAAACGAGCGAGUGACACGGAAAAACUCGUCGAUAUAACCGUGUCGAGGGCCAAGGAACUCCUGCCCAUAUCGGAACCCCUCCUUGAGCGUAAGCGUCGCUUUAAUUUUAUCAAAAACAAAAUGAAGGUAUCCCUUUUCUUACUCAGAUGUUAUGAUAUUUUUCCCGCCAAAUAUGUGCACGUGAAAAUGCAACGUGUGGAACUAAGGGGGGCCAACUGCAGCAGAAUUGACUGCGGGGACGUGGGUAAUUCCGCGAUGAGAGAAUGCCCAGGGGGAAGUAGUAACAAGGGGAGAACAGACGAUAAUGGGAAAGGCGAGAGAAGCCGCAAACGCGGUGAUAGCAAUCAAAGUAGAAAACGUGAUGACGGCGGCCAAAGCAGCAAACGUGGCGACGGCGGCCAAAGCAACAAACGCGGUGAUGGCGGCCAAGGCGGCCGAAGCAGCGGCAACGGAGACGACAACGAUGACGAAAAGAACAACAAGAAGAGUCACACCGAUGAUAAAGGUGAGAAGAACGACGAGACGAAAGGGAGCGGGAAGAAGGAUAGCGGCACCAACGGGAAUAAUACCAACAGUGAGAAGGAUAGUGGGAGCGAUGCUGGAGGCGGUACAGGAAGCGGGAGCGGCAAAGCCGAUUCGAAUGAGGGCGUGAAGGGAGUGUCCAACGGUGCGGCCAAAGGAUCCUCCAACGGAGCCUCAAAUGGAACGUCCAAUGAAGCCUCAAAUGGAACGUCCAAUGCAGCCUCAAACGGAGCGUCCAAUGCAGCCUCAAACGGAGCGUCCAAUGAAGCCUCAAACGGAACGUCCAAUGAAGCCUCAAACGGAACGUCCAACGGAACCUCAAAUGGAAUGUCCAACGCCGAUGCGAACUCUAAGAAGAGGAGGAGCGAAAAGGGGAGGAGCAGAAGCAAAAACAAAGGUGACGUCGCAGGCGGCCGGCCGCCGAACCAAUCCGCCGCGGGGAAGGAUGACAGUGCAUCGGUAAAUAACGACUCCUUCCUGUUGAACAACGAAAGGAAAGAAUCGGUUAAGCGAAAAAAAGGAAACAAAACAGGAAAAAAAAACGGAGCUAAUGAAAAAAAUGAUAAAUAUUCACUUAACCUUCUAAUCGCAGAAGAUGCCUAUAAAAUUGUAAAAAAUGGAAGAGUGUACAAACCAACCGAGCCAGUCAACAGUUUCCAGACCCACCAAAAUUUUAUGCUUAGAGAAAUGAUGUGGAUGAGUAUAGAUUAUUAUGAAGAAAAAAGGUGGAAGAAAAAUGUGUCGAAAAGAUUUAGUUAUCAAGUGAAUAAUCACUUUGAGGACAGAAAAAAAAAUGACAAAUAUUUUAUUUCUUCGCAGAUAUCGAAUGACAUUAAGAUAUUUUGGUUUUUUGUGCUAAACGAGGUGAGGCCUGACUUGGUCCCCGUGGACGUGGACCAUAAGGUGAAAAAUAAAAAUUUGCUCAAGAGGGAUUUUUUUAAGUCCGUUAGGAAGAAUUUUAAAAUGGAAGGAAAUAAUCUUUUCACUCCCGUUGAAGCGAACCCCUUCGCUUCGGCCAAUGAUGAGCAGUUGGAUAGUCAUGCCGCGGAGGACGGUGAACAGAGUGACAAAUGUGACAGCCCCCCGAAUGACUCCAGCCCCAGUGGCAUUCUAAGCAUGGCACGCAGCAUGUUUUCGUUCAAUUUUAUGAAGAAAAGUGAGGCAAGCGGAAGAAGAAACAUCGACAAAGGAAAUAUCGACGCAGGAAAUAUAGACGCAGGAAAUAUCCACGCAGGAGAAUCCCCCAAUUACGCCAGUCGUAAAGACAACCCAAAUGAUGAGCAGUGUGAACCCCCCCCAAGUGGGAAAAACUCGCAGAGUGCCUCCCCAACAAUUGACGCGAAUAAACAACAGACACUCGCGAGCAACAGCCAGGUGGAUGAAAGAACCAUAGAGGAGUACCAAAAUUACGAACAGCGUCUUAUACUUUUCGAGGAAAAUGUAAGCAGGGAGUUGCUAAGCAAGCACGAGCACCAUAGCAGGAGAGGGGUUGACUUUUGUGAAAAUUUUAGGAUGGAGGAAGAAUACACCUACCGGAGUGCAUACCAUUAUAAUGACGAUUAUGUGGACUACUAUUCUUGUAGUACAGACUACCUUGACUUGAGUAAUCACCUGUAUAUUUACUGUCUUCUCUUCAUGAGCAUUUCUCUAAUCGAAGUGAAUGAAAAUAUUUUUUAUAAUAAUGAAAAUUUAAUUAAUGAUGACCAAGCUACGUACUCCUCCGAUGAUGAACAGGGGUCGACGGUCCCGUUUGGAGGAAAGGCCAAACUGAUGUUACGGCAAAACGAGGCUAGUGACGAAAUGGGAUACACCAAACAUGAGAAAAAAAAGAGAGAAAAAAAAAGGAGUGAUAGCAACCAUGGCAGUGACGUUGCCGAUGAGGGAGAGGUGCUGGAGGUGGAAGGGGCCAAAUCAAUGAAUGAGCCAGCAAAGCUUGGGGACGAAGAGACCAAAGGGAACAAUCCCGCGAAGCAAAACACAAAGAUCAAGCUAGAAAUUGUAAAAAAGGAAAGCAAGAACGAAAUGGAAGAAUACGAUGAGGAGGUCUACAGGGAGUAUGCCAGGAACCAUCACGAGUAUCAACACGUGGACGAUGGAGACGACUUCGAUGAUGUAACAAGGCUAAACGAAUACGCUGACCAUAUGAACCACCUGGAUUAUUACGAUGAGAUGAGGCAUAUUAAUAGCAAUAUGUUAACCAUGGCCACCACUCCCCUGAAUGGUGUAGACGUCAACGAGCUCCUCGUCAUUCCAUAUUCCGCUUCCGACAGGAUAAUCAGUAAAGGAACAGGUAGUAGUGCCACACUAGGACAAAACAGGAGCGAAUUUCUAAACCAGAUCAAACAGAAAAAUGUCAACCUGUAUAUGAAUAAUAUGGAGUUAUGUGGGGGCAGAACCUACCCAUUCGAAUUAGAAUAUAUUAAUAACUCAAAUAACGAUAUUCGGCUCCCGCUAGUGAACAUGUCAGAGUAUGACGAAUUCACCUUUUUUCUGUAUCUGUUUUAUUUGAAAAACUCUCCAUAUAUUUUAAAAAAACAAAUGAUGAAGGAAAAGAGAAAACGGAAAAGAGACUUCUCAGAUGUUGCCUCAGCCAAGAAAAGGACACCAAAGCGAAAGUUGAACAAAGCGGAAAAUGAUAAGACAGUGGAGACCGUACUAGAGAACGAAAAGUGUAAAACAAAUGAGCAGCCUCUAACAAAUGCGGAAGUAGAAAACGCCUCCUCCUUAAAUGAAGUCAAUCGCGCAGAGGAGAAUGACCAGCAUUUUGAUUUUUCCAAAAAGGAUGACUACGGAAAGGUGGGAGUUAAAAAAAAAGGGAUAAAAGAUGAUGGGGGCCUUAAGAACAAUCAUCUUUCUGAGGAGGGACAUCAUUCUCGAGUGAGAGAAACCAAGGAAGGAUCCAAUUUCACGGAGGAACAGGAAGAACAAAAUUUAAAAACGUGGGCUGACACGAAAGAAGAGUGGACCAGCGACGAAGUAAAUUUUCUUCUCAUCCUUACAAAGACGUAUAUGAAUUAUGUGAAUGUCGACUCGACCCAGGCCAGGGGAUAUAACGGUGAGGAACAACCCCCUUUUGAGGGGAUUGGUGACUGUCCCCCUGCCAAGAAUCAUUUGGAACAGGCCUCCAUUGAAGUGGCCCCCACUGAAGCGGUCACCAGUAAAGUGAUGCAUCUAGGAGAUGCGCAAAAUGGAGAUGAUACUACUGCAGAACAGGAUGGAACUACCCCCUCCCAAGUGCUAAAUGGAAAAGGAAAUAAUAACAAUAGAAUCAAUAGCAGCGAAAGCAGAAAUAACAGCAAUAACAGCAGCUGUGGGGGAGGGGAUCAAGUGCAUCAUUCGCGAAAAACCCAAGGGAACUCCCCGAACGAGGAAGUUCUCACUGCCCAUGAGGGAAAUAACAACGCGAGGUGUGCAGAAAAGACAAUGGCGCCACUGGGCGAAGUGCCCCUAAGUGCCAACUACAUUUACUCCAUAAACUGGAACAUCAUAUCCCUGGCGCUCGCCUCGUACAACAAAAUUAAUCACGUUUACGAAAUCAGGAGAACGGCGGAGGAGUGUAAGGACAAGUUCUUUUCUCUUUUCCGGGACAAGAGCUACGCGGAUGUCAAGUCGACUAGCCUGCAUGGGGAAAAUUAUUUAAAUAACAAAAAAAAGUUAAAGAAGGGUUCGAAACGGUUAAAGUUCUUGUCCAUAUUUCCCCCCCGAAGUGCGAACAGCUUGAUAGGCUCGUUUAACAAAUAUAUGAGGGAAAAGAUUGAGAUGCACAGGCAGCGGAGGAAGGCGGCCAGUAGUGGUGGCUGGGGCAGUGACGGCAUGGGGAGCGGCUGCAGGGGAAGCGACCCAGGCAGACCAUUAACCGACGAGUGCCAAAUGGAGGAAAAACAAAACGCAGGUGGAAAUCCCCACGAAAGCAAGGGUGCCAAAAAUGACCAACCCAACCGUGAUGAGGAAGAAUCAGAGGGGAAGAAUUCCAAUGGGGAGGAAUCUAUCCUCUUCGAUAAACCGAGGAAAAGCGAACUGUUAAAUGGAAUAUUGCAGCAGCUGUCAAAAGGAAGCGCCCAUCUUCUAAACGACAAAGAUAAUCUGAGCAGCAAACCGAGCAACAGCUGCACCACCGAAGAGAACACUCUUUCCAGGAUGAACGAGUUGGAGGAGGAAUCAAAUGGCAACACCUUUCUGUUUAGAAACACAAAUUUUUGCUCUAAUUUGAAGAAGGAUCGUCUUUUUAACAAUUUAUUAUCUCACAUUUCUAGGAACUCCGACGAAACUUCUGAUGAAGAUACCGACUGUGGGAAGGACAGCUUCUUCAGCUCCAGUGACGUGGAUGAUUCUACGACACUGAAGCAGGACGAACUGUCUUCCAUCAAAUCGGACCAUUUGAAAAAUAUUACAGUAAAGAGGAAGCGCCCCUUCGGAGGGGAUAAGCAGGAUGAGGGGCGCGAGUAUGACCCAAGUGGGGAUAGCGCAAUGGAAGAAGGGGGAGUUCAAAAUGGGGGGCCAUCAUAUGAGCACUCCGAAGUAGAAACUCAGAAUGAACAAAUGUUGGAAAGACAGGAGCGUAACCCAGGGGUAAGCAGAAAUAUGCAGGAAGAACAGAAGGAGCGAAUGGAAGGGAAGGAAAAAACGGGGGAAAUAACACAAAUUCACGAUUCAAACUUCUUGCAGCGCAACGAAGAUGUUCCAUGGGUAGAGAGCCAAAGGAAAAGUGAAUGCUCAUUUUGGGAAACAGAAAAGGGUGGAGGUAAAAUUGAGGAGUGUGACAAUAAUACAAAGAACAACUCUGCACUUCCCAAAGGGAGAAACGAACCGAUUGAAGAGGGAAAGGAACUAAUGCCAUGCAAUGAAGAAGACGAGUUAUUUCUUCACGACGUGGACAUGAGCAAUCAUAUGUGCACAUCAAACUUAGGCAACCACUCGGUGACUUCAAACGUGGGGACAUUCACAACAAGCAAUGACAAACAAAUAGAGGGAGAAGAAAACGAAUCGGUCAAUUUUGCCAGCCUAAAAAAAUCGCUGAACUCCAUUUGUAGCAAUAAAAAAAGCGUAAACGAAUUUUUAGCUUUACUAAGAAAUGAUUGUCUCGUUAAGAAUAAAAAGUUUCAUAAAAUGAUUCAGAAUUUUUUAAAUAAAAUAAAACCGGUUGUAGGGUACUAUGACAAUAUGUUGGACUCACUAAACAACGAAACUAGCUAUGAAGUAUCAAAGAAUGAACCCAUGAUGAAUAAUACCUUCUGUGCAAAGAAAAUAGAUAAAGAGUUCGUAAAAUUGAUUAAAAAAAUAAUCGAAUAUGAUAAAAGGAGAAAGAAUAAAAGUAUAAAAAAAUUAAAUAACUUAUCAGAAAGUAGCCAAAUUUACAAGAUGAACGAAUUUUUUAUUUACUCUCCGAAUGAAUCUUACAACACCGUUAAAGAUUUUGCACAGAAGAUACUCAACUAUGUUCCCUACGUGGAUGACAAGAAAAAAAUUAACAUUAAAAAGGUUAGGAAAAGAUUCCAGUGCAAAAACUUAGUUUCACAAAUUCUGCUAGCCGACUACAUUCUAGAUAAGUUAAAGAAUUUUCCAGUGAACAAUUCUUAUCAGCCUACUCUAAAUGGUAAGGCGGUGGAUAGUCUGCUUUCCGAGACGAGGUUAAAAGCGUACACGAAAUUUAUCAAUGAUAAUUUACAAGAAUAUCAGGAUGUCGUUAAGAUGGAGAAAUGCUUCGCCGAGACGUACGAAGGGAAGAAGGAGGAAAAGUUCCUGUUCAACAGGGAAGGAUUACUCAACGGGAGAAGUGGAACAAAUGUUAAAGUGAAAAGAGAGAAUGACCAUGUGAGUGAUGAUGCAAAUGACAAUGAGAGUGGCCCACCGAUGAACAAACAGAUGCAGGAGAGGACUGACCCAAUGGCAGACCCCCUUCCAGAGCAUAAUGCCUGGUUCCUUAAUAAGAAUGGAAAAGUGUUCCACGAUGGAGGAAACGAAAAGGAUAGCAACGGUGCAGGGGUGGCGGGUGCUAUUCCCGUGCCUAUAAAAAUGGAGGAUACAAGCAAUGCGUUCAACUUUAACAAUUAUGAUGACAAUCAUAAUGCACUUCUACGCAGUGGUGUGUACGACGAUGCGAACGUGACACCCAAAGGGGUGAGGAAAGCAGAGCUGGAUAGAGACAACCGCCACAGCAUUAUACAUAUUAAGGGCAGCAUGGACAACGCGAAUGUUGAUUCACCGCUUGAUGGCCAAGUGAGAAUUAACGAACCAGGAAGGGAAAACGACUACAUCAGAACGAACCAGCAAAUGUGCCAAAAUGCAAGUGACCACGCGGUUAAUCCUGCAGUUUUUAACGAGAUGCCCUUGUACCAAAAGGUAAAGGAGGAUGAACUCAAAAAUGAAGCGGCAAAGAGUAUCGCGCCCCCCAGUGAGACAGGUAUUUACGGCGAUCCAAACUGUGGCAAUGUUAGCAACAAUGGGACGAACAAUGGGAAGAGAAAUCGAAAGAGCGGUGGAAAGAGCAGCGCGAAGAGCAGCGGGAAAGGCAGUGGUAAGGGGGGGGGCAGGGGAAGCACCAAGGGGUGCAACAAAGAAAACGUCAAGGAAAACGGAAAAAUUGUUGCUAGUGACAAUCUUCCCACACUUAACGAAACAAACGCGAUUAAAGACGCGGCCAAGACGAAGAAGCCACCCAUGUCACACACGAACCCGUUCAGUGGCCCCCCCAGCGAAUCCAGCAACUUGGACCAACAGAUACAGAAUCUGACCAAAAAUGAAUUCUUCCUAAGUAACAGACAGAAAUCUUUACCGAUAAAAAAUAUAGCCCAGACGAAUAAAAUAACCAAGUAUAAAACGUCGAUAAGUGUUUCGAAUUUUUCUCGAGAAUUAUUUAAAAAUAAUAGCAUCCUAAAUUAUUUACCAAAUGGCAAUAAUUACCUUGCCAAUAAUGCACCAGAAAAGAUGCCCAUGAAAAAUGGUUUACCUGUGAGUAACUUGCCUGCAGGAGAGCAAGACGAAGAAUAUGCUGCCCCCCUGGAAGGAGAUGCCACUGUAGACAGUAAGAAUCGCCAACCAGAUGAACAAGUGCCUAGUAUGCAUAGCAGUGCAAUGAAUGACAUGAUGGUGCCUCUUCACGUGUCAAAUGGACAGCACGUUCUAAGCCAUGACACAACCAACUUCUCAAACAAGAAGCAGAAAUUGGUAAACACGAAAUAUGAUAGCACCCCAAGUAAAAAUGCGACACUGGAAAAUUUGAACAAGUGUUUUAUCAACCAAGCAGGUACUCCUUUCAAUGCCGUCCAGGAUUACUACAUGCUUAACCAGUCUCCUGCAAAGUGGAACAAAGGCUUACCCAACACGGAAGGGAUCAAAUCGAAUGCUUCUUCGUUUUCGUAUCAACAGAUGCAGAAUUGGGGAGACCCUCAAUUUGUCAACAAGGGGGACACCUCGCCUCUUAUCAGUACGAACCUACAGAUGCCCGUCGCAAGUGCGGGCAGCGCACAUAGCUCCUCCAGGAAUAGCAGCGCGAAGAAGAAUAGCUCCAAGGGGAGCAGAAUCCCCAAGAACAGCAGCUCGAACAGCGCCCUGGUGCACAGCGCUGGCAGCAGCGGAGUUAGCGGAGUUAGCGGAGUUGGUGGACUUAGCAACGGUUUCAGCAAUAACGGCCUCAUCAACAACACUCUCAGCAAUAAGGGUCUCAGCAAUAACGGUCUCAGCAAUAACGGCCUCAUCAACAACACCCUCAGCAAUAACGGCCUCAUCAACAACACCCUCAGCAGCGGCGGGAAGCCCCUGUUCUCGCGGCCAAACGGCGAAGAGGAAAAAUUCCCGUCGCCCAUGCACGCCGCCUCGCAAAGCGGCAAGUACAUACCGCCCAACGGCAGGAACAUGCAGAUGGGGCAGAUCUCGCAGUUAUCGUCAACUUCGCAAAUUUCACCAAUUUCGCAGAUGGCUCACAGCAAGCCUGCAAUGUACGAUCCCCCAGAAGUGUGUCCCAAGAAUGUGCGGACGAACAAUCUACCUAACAGUAACUCCAGUUCGCAUCAAAUAGAAGUUACUUCCAGCGGUUCAUGCAAGAAGAUGCAGCAAAUCCCAAUGAACAACAGUUCCCUAAACUCAGAAAAGAAAAUCUACUCUAUGUAUAAAGAAAAUCAAGCAAGAGGAGGGGUAAUAGGGUCAUCUGUAGUACCGGGGCCAUCACCUUCCUCAUCAAUAAGUAGAAUAAACGAUGACGCACUUCCCUUCAUAUCGGCAACCCCAAGUAACUACUCAGUAGGGUAUGGAACAAACCAACCAGUAAUGCAAGAAGCAGAUGCAAAGUCGAAGUUUUUACACGAACAAAUGAGGAACAAUCAAGAUAUGUUAAGUUCUGAUCAAAAAAUAUUCCUCGAUGUAAGCAACAAAGGUAAUACCAUUGCAAAUUAUAACUAUCCUACCAUGGCAAGGUACCCUAGUAACAGCAUUCAAAAUGUGAAUCCAUUAAGUACUGACAAUAGAAGAUCAAAUUUAGGAACUAAUUAUAGCCAUGCGAAUUUCUUGGUAAAUAUAAAUAACAACAAAUUAGAAAGCAAUGAACCUUUAAAUUUUUCGAAUGAUUCGUUUAAUAAAAAUAUGAGUUGUUCAAAUUUGAGUAGUGUAAAGAGCGAUGGCAAUGAUGAAAAGAGGAACCUCUCCUCUGGUGCCUUAAAAACCGGUGCAGAUGGCAAUUCGCACAUGUUUCAGAGAAUAUUGCAGGCGAAGCACCAAAGUGACAUGCAGGGCGCCAUCCCCGAGAACCACAAAACGCAGCCGAGUUACGUGAAUAGUAGUAGCGGCGGAGGCGGCGCCAUUAUUAAUGUCCUCAGUAGCAACAUCGGCAACGGAGUUAGUAGUGGCAUCGGUAGCUGCGUCGGUAACAACAUCAGUAGCGGUAGCGCCGGUUAUGUCGACGCUGGCGCCCUGUCUGCCCUGAAACAGCCCCACAUGCACAUGAAUGACCCCCAAAACAAUUACAUUUUUAGCGUCAACGAAAGAGGCCAGAAAAGCCUCGCAACCAUGAGCCCCCAAGGAUCGAAUUCACAGGGAUUCAAUCAGCCAAACCAGUUAAGCCAGCCAAAUCAGCCAAGUCACUCCACUCACCCAAAUCAACCGAGCCAGCAGAAUAUUAAUUUGAACAACAUGAAUGGCCAAGCCGUGAAGUACCACAGCGCAAACUUGCCUAGUAGGAAACAGGGAGGAAGCGUCAAUUACUAUGUCAACCAGAUGAACUUCAUUCUCCAAGUGCUGAAUCAGUUAAAUUCGAAAGGAAGUACUUCGCCAAAUGGAACCCAGCAGGGCGCGGGGAAGCCCGCUAUGGAGCAUCCCGCUGCGAAUCAGCCGAGCGGUAGCCAGUCGGGGAUGACCCAUCCGGGGAUGAAUCAGCCAAGUAUGACACAACCGAGCAUGACACAACCGAGCAUGACACAACCGAGCAUGACACAACCGAGCAUGACACAACCGAGCAUGACACAACCGAGCAUGACACAAUCGAGCAUGACCCAGGGAAACCUGACGGCACCUAUUUUUGGCCACUCAAGCAGCAGUGUGGCCUCAUCAGAUGGGAACAAGAGCCUGAAUAUAUCUCCAUUCCAUUCGCCAAAUAUCAAAGGAAAAGGUUUUAAGCAACCAUUUGGCGAUAGUAGUGUAAACAGCCCCAAUAUAACAAACAUGGGCACAAAGGGGAACUUGCCAAAAAACAUGAUUCAGAAGAUACCUCCAAAAAAUAUGUACCCUUCGCAAGAUCUGAUUCAACAGAAGUUACUACAACAACAACAGGAGUUACUGCAGCAGAAGUUACAACAACAAAAAAUGCAGAAGGAAUUAUUUCAGAAGGCAUACAGUGAGAAGGAAAAUCAGUCAAGUACACCCCAAGGAGCAUUUCAGGAAAUGCAUAAUCAGUGCCCUCCUGACAACCUAAUGCAGAAUGACCAAGUGAGGCAACAGAAGUUGCUUCAGAAGAUCCAGCAGGAGCAAAUACAGAAGCAGCUUCAGCAACUGCAUUCCCAGCAGCAAUUCCAGGUUCACCAGAUGCAGCAGAAGGUGCAUUCGCAGCAGAUGAGUUCACAGAAGGGACCGUCACCACUGAAGGCGCAGCAGUUGAAGCAGCACUUGCAUGCACAGAAAAUGAACCCUCAGCAAAUGAGCCCACAGCAAAUGAAUUCACAGCAAAUCAAUUCACAGCAAAUGAGCCCACAGAAAAUGAACCCCCAACAUAUAACCGCACAACAGCUACACGCACAACAGUUGAAGCAAAUUCAAAUGCAGAAGCUUCAGUACCAGCAGCAGGAAUUGAAGAAACAUAUGGAGCAGCUGCAGCAAAGGAUCCCCCUGUCGCAGCAGAAGUUGCACCAACUAUAUAAUAUGAAACAAAAUAUGUUUUUAAGUGAAGACAAUGAAAAGAAAAACAAACAGAGCCAAAUUAGCCUUCCCCUAAAUUCCCACGUACCCAACAUGCACAAUUUGCAGCAACUGAAUAAAGGCGAAGAACUUCUCUCGAAAGAAAAUUUGAAUAGCAGUAUGGGCGGUAGAGUCAGUGGCAGUGUCAGCGGGAGCAUGAGCGCAAGUAUGAGCAACGGGGUGGGAGGGGUAGGCGGCAUGGCCGGAAGCAACAUCGGCGGAAGUAACAUGGGCAAGAACUUGGGCGAAAAUGCCAUGUACAUGAUAAAUAGGAAGAUGUCAAAUAACCUGAACAAGCUGAACAACGCGGAGCACUUUUUUUCCUACGACUCAUUUCAGCAGUCGCUGCCUCCGAGCAAAAUUGACGUAAAAGACAUGAGAACGCAUGACGGAAAAAAUAUAAAUGAAAAUAGCAUGUUGUUAAACCCAGCCCAAGCAAGAGACCUGUGUAACAAUAAUAUGCCCUCUCGCGUUGUGCCCAACAGUAUGCCGCCAUAUAUCUCUUCGAACUCUCCAUUUAAAAUGAAUCAUCAUAAUAAAAACAACAUGAACAAUAAUCAGCAGAAGUAG